UCGACUCACUCAAAAGAACGUUUUGUUCACUUUGCAACGCUGGGUUACUGUAGAAAGGGUUUGCUUAUGUUUCAUCUUAUUCGCGUCUUUUCGUUUCUUUUCAGCUAACAGAAAGAAUGUUGUUUCUAAAGUGCGGUUUGAUAUUUGCUCUGCCGUUGCAUAUUGCAAUGAAGGGACAAAAAGGCUUUUCCUGAUUGAAUAAGAGAUCCUGAAGACACCUUCAUCAUGACCCUGUCAGAUUUUAUUGGAGCCCUGAAGGACAACCCUUACUUUGGGGCAGGAUUUGGACUAGUUGGUGUUGGUACAGCACUCGCAGUUGCCAGAAAGGGGGCACAGGUUGGCAUGGUCUUCUUUAGGAGAAAUUACAUGAUCACACUGGAGGUCCCAAGCAGAGAUAAAAGUUAUCACUGGCUCUUAAGCUGGAUCACUAAACAUGCCAAACACACCCAGCAUCUGAGUGUAGAGACCUCAUACAUGCAGCAUGAGAGUGGACGAGUCCAUACACAGUUUGACUUCCAUCCAAGUCCAGGGAACCACAUCAUUUGGUAUGGCAGGAAGUGGAUCAGAGUGGAGAGGACCAGGGAAAAGCAGAUGGUGGACCUGCACACUGGAACGCCCUGGGAGUCCGUCACCUUUACUGCUCUGGGCAGAGACCGCCAAAUAUUCUUCAACAUACUUCAAGAAGCACGUGAACUUGCUUUAAAGCAGGAAGAGGGCAGAACUGUGAUGUACACUGCGCUUGGAGCAGAGUGGAGGCCAUUUGGGUUUCCAAGGCGACGGCGACCGCUGUCUUCCGUAGUGCUAGAGAAUGGUGUGGCAGAGAGGAUUGUGGAUGAUGUAAAGGAGUUCAUUGGCAAUCCUAAGUGGUACACAGACAGAGGCAUUCCAUAUAGGAGGGGAUAUCUGCUGUAUGGACCCCCAGGCUGCGGGAAGAGCAGCUUUAUAACUGCGCUAGCAGGCGAGCUGGGUUACAGCAUCUGUCUGAUGAGUCUCAGUGACCGCAGCCUUAUACUUGUUGUGAUCUCAUUAUAUGAAAACCAGGUUUAUGGACCUUUGUACAAAGUGAAUGCUGGAAACUUCCAAGCCAUUUCAAUAAACAGUGUGGACUUACUGGAGGAGCUCCUUAGAAAAGAUGAGAAGUUUCCUUCCAGAGGAGACAUGACUUUGUGGACAGAGUACCGUGACAUGAAAGGCAUCGGCUACGGCCCUUUCACUGAAGAAAGAGAGAAAUGGUACAAACUGCGGACAGUGCUGAACAAACGCAUGCUGCAUCCAAAGGACUCCGUGCAGUAUGGAGAUGUGGUCAAUGCGGUGGUCACAGACUUCAUCAAACGGAUUUACUAUCUGCGGCAGAUGAGCCCCACCGGUGAUCUGGUCUCUAACAUGACCAAUGAGCUUUAUCGCUUUUCCCUUGAAGGGAUCUCUUCCAUUCUGUUUGAGACACGCAUUGGCUGCCUGGAGAAGGAGAUUCCUGCCGAGACACAAGAUUUCAUUAAUUCUAUUGCACAAAUGUUCACCUACAGCAUGCCUGUGGUGUUGCUGCCAAACUGGACUCGCAAUUACUUGCCAUUUUGGCAGUGGUACAUUAAUGGCUGGGAGGGCAUAUUCAAAUUUGCCAGAAAAAUGAUUGACAUGAAGAUGGAGGCCAUUCAGAAGCGCUUGGAUGCAAAUCAGGAGGUUGCUGGGGAGUAUCUCACCUACCUGCUUUCCAAUGUCAAGAUGAGCAGUAAAGAUGUUUAUGGAAGUAUUUCUGAGCUGCUGUUGGCUGGAGUGGACACAACCUCCAACACUAUGUUGUGGGCACUGUAUCUCCUCUCAAGAGAUCCAGAAGCUCAAGAGGCUCUGUAUCAGGAUGUAACCAGAGUCUUAAAGGGCGACAGAAUCCCAACUGCACAGGAAGUGAACAGCAUGCCUUACCUCAAAGCUGUCAUCAAGGAAGCAUUAAGGAUGUACCCUGUGGUGCCCAUGAAUUCUCGUCUUAUUGCAGAAAAUGAUGUUGUCAUUGGUGGACACUUUUUUCCUAAAAAGACAACAUUCACUCUGUGCCACUAUGCAAUCAGCCAUGAUGAGAAAGUCUUCCCAGAGCCACGGAAGUUCAAACCUGACCGCUGGCUCAGAGACGGCAGAACAAGACCCAACCCAUUUGGGUCAAUCCCAUUUGGCUUUGGAGUCAGAGGUUGUGUUGGCCGUCGCAUUGCUGAACUGGAGUUGCAUCUGGCAUUGGCAAGGCUAAUCAAGUUGUUUGAAAUCAGACCGGACCCAACUGUAGGUGAGGUUCACUCACUCAAUCGGACAGUACUUGUGCCAGACAGACAGGUUAACCUCCACUUUGUGGAGAGACAGAAGACAUCUUCUGAACCAUAGCUAAAGAAUACCAAUGUUUCAGCAAGAUAUAAGCUGCCUGUGUAUAUGAAAAUUAUCAGCUAGUGUGAAUCAUGUGAAUAUGUCAACUUCUUUACCUCUGUCUGGAUGUAAUUCUAUUGUGUUUUGGGAUAUACAGUAUAAAUGACCCUGUAUAACACUGUGAAAACUAUUUUUCCCACCAUAUUUUGUAUAACUCUUGCCAUUAAAUUGUUGUUGUGGAUUG